UUCCUCAUUUUCAUCAAACAAACAUCAUCUUUGGCAAGUGCUGGUCUAAUGAAAUGGAUCCAGUGUAUGAAAACGCUGCCUACAAACAUUCAACAGCUGAAUUUAGAGGCGACUCUAGUCAAUACAAGGAUCUGACUCUCCGUAAGAGGUCUAAAGUUCUUCUGAUAGUUCUCAGUGUAUCUGUUGUUAUUGCUGUUGGGGGUCUCUGUGUUCUGGGGGUCCUGAAUCUCAAUAAGAGUGCAAAUUUUGAAUCACUGAAUGCACAGCAUGAGACGUUUUUAAUGCAGAUGUCAGCUCAAGAGAUCAACAACACACAUUAUAAAGAACAGCUGGAGGCGCUCAAUGAUCAAUACAAGGAGUCACUUCGAAAAUUGCGCAGAUUAGAUGAUUACAUCAGAUCUCACUCAUGUGAACCCUGUGAGGACGGCUGGACAGCACAUGAUGGGAGCUGUUAUUUUUUCUCUUCUGAAAUGCAAACAUGGUUUGACAGUAAUCGGUCCUGUGGAGCUUUAGACGCUCAUCUGGUCGUGAUAGAAACUGAAAAAGAACAAGGGUUUCUGGCAUCCAAAAUUAAUGUUUAUCACUGGAUCGGUCUUAAUGAUCUGGACACCGAGGGCCGUUGGGUUUGGGUUAAUAACCAAACUCUUGAAAAAACAGGAGUACAGUUCUGGCUCAAGAGAGAAUCUGGGCAAAGUGAACCAGAUAACUGGAAAGGAGAAGAUUCAUCAGGAGAGGACUGUGCUUUAAUGAGAGAUCAAUUACACAUUUGGUGCGAUGUCUCUUGCAAGAGCAAAUAUAAUUUUAUCUGUGAAAAGAAAAACACAUCAAGCUUCAUGUAUGACGACUAAAAGUGGGCAUAGCCUAAAGAUACAUAUUUACCAUCUUGGGGGGGCCCUAAGCAAAGUCAAGACCUGCAAGCCCCACACAGUGCCUAGUAUUUUUGUUUGAAUUGCACAGCAGUAUUGAGUACAUGAAAUUAAUGAGAUGUACAUACAAAUAUAAACUAGAUUUAUUUUACGAUGAACCACAUAACAGCACAGAAUUCUCUAGAGUUUGUUAUAAGAAUUGCAUUUAUAUGAAAAACUAUGUAAACUGUAGCAACUGAGUUGAUUACAGACUGACAAAAAGAUUAAAAAAACAAAUGA